CUGUCCUUCGGCGCGCUCCCCGCCUCUCGGGAGCGGGUGUGGGGCGGGUGACAGGGUCGCGCGCGGCCUGGACCUCCCUCGCCACCGUCACGCCUCGUGGCUCCAGGAGGCCGGCCCCUGCUUAGUUCUCCCGCAUCCCAAGUUCCUGCGUGAGGGAGGCCUGGCGGAACAGGGCAUUGUGACCCCGCAACCCAGCAGUGCCGGGCCCUGAACACAGGCGUGGUCCACACUGUAACGGAGAGGAAUUAGCCGCUGAGGUGAACGAAGACCAGAGAGUAAGCAUUGUCCCGUGCGGUGGGCGCCCAGUUAGGAUGGACGCUGUGCACACCGCCAGAGGGAGGCUUCUGAGAAAUUGAAAUCUGACCUCAGCCUGAAGCAAGAGGUAGAACACAAGAGUAGUCAGCCUUUACGAUGACGGAGGAGCUGGACCUCGCUGGACCGGACUCCGAUGCUGGGAGUGAGGAGGUGGUCCUGACACCCGCAGAGCUCAUUGAGAGGCUGGAGCAGGCCUGGAUGAAUGAAAAGUUUGCCCCUGAGCUGUUAGAAAGCAAGCCUGAAAUUGUAGAAUGUGUCAUGGAACAGCUGGAUCAUAUGGAAGAAAAUCUCAAAAGAGCUAAAAAAGAGGAUCUGAAGGUCAGUAUCCAUCGAAUGGAGAUGGAGAGGAUCCGCUAUGUCCUCAGCAGCUACUUGCGGUGUCGACUCAUGAAGAUAGAGAAGUUUUUCCCUCAUGUCCUUGAGAAAGAGAAAACACGCCCUGAGGGGGAGCCUUCAAGCCUCUCUUCAGAGGAGUUUGCCUUCGCCAAGGAGUACAUGGCUCACACAGAGACCUAUCUGAAGAAUGUCGCCUUAAAGCACAUGCCUCCAAACUUACAGAAGGUGGACCUCCUGAGGGCAGUUCCCAAGCCAGACCUAGAUUCAUAUGUAUUUCUGAGAGUGAAAGAACGACAAGAAAACAUACUGGUGGAACCUGAAGCAGAUGAGCAGAAGGACUACGUGAUUGACUUGGAGGAGGGCUCACAACACCUGAUCCGGUACAGAACCAUUGCACCUCUCGUUGCUUCUGGAGCAGUGCAGCUGAUUUGAAACUAGAAAUAAACAAGUGUGAAGAUGUGGACUCAGAGGAAAUAUCAGAAGCACUUCCUCUCACUUGGAGCCUAAAAACAAUAAUGAAGCUGUUCUCUGGGCUGCAGACAGCUCAGCGAUGCCGUGGAUCAGUUGGGCACUGGAAAGGAAUCAAGGCAGGAUUCCUAACCUGCCAUAAACAAACUGCCUCCUCACUUCCUGCCAACUCAGCCAGUGUCAGCAGAGAGGGCCAUUGCUCUGUUCAUGCUGUGCAUCAGGAAAAUAAAGAUUCUCACUCUGUGCACCUUU